CCGAAUGAAGCCACAUACGCGCAUGCGCCACUAGCUCGCGCAUCAGCCACAUGAUCAUCGGGCACGCGCCGAAGUUUUGAGCCGGGCUGCUGGCAGCGCGUGCGAUGGAGCGAAAAUGCGCAUGCCCAGAGACGACGUCACGCCCCAUAGCGCAGGCGCAAUGCUACAGUGGUUCCUAUGUCGCGGGAGAGAGACAGAGAAGAUGGCGGCGGCUGUAGAAAAGAUGCUCGGUGAGCAGUAUUAUAAAGAUGCCAUGGAGCAGUGUCACAACUACAAUGCACGUUUGUGCGCAGAACGUAGUGUUCGGAUGCCCUUUUUGGAUUCCCAAACUGGUGUGGCUCAGAGCAAUUGUUAUAUCUGGAUGGAGAAAAGGCACAGAGGUCCAGGUUCAGCCCCUGGCCAGCUUUAUACCUAUCCAUCUCGUCGCUGGCGCAAGAAACGGAGGGCACACCCCCCUGAGGACCCUAGACUUUCCUUCCCUUCUCUUAAACCAGACCCAGAACAGAUUCUGAAGAAAGAAGGUUUGAUGCCACAGGAUGGCAGCAGCCUAGAAGCUCUACUGCGGUCAGACCCAACUGAGAAGAGAAUCAUCCCUGACCCUAGAGAUGAUGACAGCCUUACAGAGUUUCCUCCUGUUGCCAGCCGAGCACGGAAGGUACAGGCCUACAGCGGGAGGCAGCGUUACGUAGCGCGCGGGAUGAUCACGCGUAUUCUGGAGCCUGAUGAUUUUUUAGAUGACCUGGAGGAUGAAGAUUAUGAAGAAGAUACACCGAAGAGACGUGGAAAAGGGAAAGCCAAGGGAAAAGGUUUGGCCAGUGCCAGGAAGAAGUUGGAUGCAGCUGCUUUGGAUGACAGGGAUAAGCCAUAUGCCUGUGACAACAGUUACAAACUAAAGCAAACUUCGAAAUUCACCGAAAGAGUCUGUGGGAAGCGUUAUAAAAACCGGCCUGGCCUGAGUUACCACUAUGCGCACUCUCAUUUGGUUGAUGAGGAGGGUGCAGGAGCAGAGGACAAGGAAGAUUCCCAGCCCCCUACACCGAUCAUGCAUAGACCAGAGGAGCAGAAAUCAAAGAAGGGUCCAGACGGUAUUGCAUUGCCCAACAAUUACUGUGACUUCUGCCUUGGAGACUCAAAGAUCAACAAGAAAACAAACCAGGCAGAAGAUCUGGUAUCUUGCUCAGACUGCGGUCGCUCGGGACACCCUUCCUGUUUGCAGUUCACGCCGGUGAUGAUGGCUGCAGUGAAGACUUAUCGCUGGCAAUGUAUUGAGUGCAAGUGUUGCAACAUCUGUGGGACGUCUGAAAAUGAUGAUCAGUUGCUGUUUUGUGAUGACUGUGACCGUGGAUAUCACAUGUACUGCCUGUCUCCACCCAUGGCUGAGCCACCCGAGGGAAGUUGGAGUUGUCACUUGUGCCUGGAUCUUCUUAAGGACAAGGCUUCAAUUUUCCAGAACCAGAAUUCCUGACAGUUUCCUUAUAGUCUAUACAGGGUGAGGGACAUGACAGACCCAGAUUACCUGAUCAUUCAACCCCUUACGGAAUAAAACUUUUUUUUUGUUUGUUUUUUAUAUAUACAUAUAUAUAUAUAUAUUGCUCUAUUCUCAAAUGAUGUAUACAUAUAAGAACAUACAUGCAUAAAUAUGCACAGUGUGUCAUUUGGCAGUCUUAUUCUUUGACAACGUGUAAUGGUUUAGUAGUAGACCGAACACAGUUUUCUCUAAAUGGACAUUCUACCUGCUGGAGGUUUAUCUUAUGAUUGACAUGCUACAGAAAAUAUAAGUAUUAGGAACUUCUUUAAAUGAAGACUGGUUGUACUCUGGUUUACCAGAGUUCUAGUGUUAGUGUUGGGCCACACAUAGCGGCCAAGCGGGUCCUGUUCAGCAGGACCUGCUUGGCCACAAGCGGACUAUGCAGGCGCCCACACGUGCGACAGUCCCGUCGCCACCGGAUCCAACUGCAGCAUACUGCGGUUGAGCCGGAUGGCAGGACAACGGGAUUUCAAGGUGAGCGCAUACAUUUCACUGUGCUUUUGAAAUCCUGUGGGUCACUGGCCGGAUUCUGUUCUGCGGGAUCUUGCUGAACAGGAUCUGUGUGCACACAGAACCCCCUUCCCGGCCAAGAACAGGACCCGCUUGGCCGCUGUUUGUGACCCUACGCUUAGAGGUAUAUAGAUAUUUUUUAACAUUCAUUUAUGGACACAUCCACACCUGCGCGCGCAGAUGUAUACACUGUUACACUUAUUGUAUAGCUAUGCAGGAUGAUCAGUAGCUUGCAAAUAUCCCAUAUGGUGUUUCUUCUUCCUUGGGGUAAACUGGUGUGUAUUUCAGUAGUGAAAUAUUUGUGUGCAAUUUUCUGCAACAGAUUUAUCAAUGAUAUCAAAAGUUGUUGGCCCUUCCCAAAGAACCUGCUCUCCACUACUGUAAUUGCUGCAUCUCUGGUACCUGGAACCUACAACACUUUCAAAGUUUAAAGAUGUUUUAAUAUCCAUUAUUUUUCUAGUGUAUACAUAUAUAUAUUUUUUUAGAUACCCGGACUGAAGGGGAAGUGGCUGGUGGCCAAUUAGUUCUAUGGUCUCAUAUCUUUACACAGAUAUUACUGUAGUAUAGAAACAAUUACUUGAAAUAAUCACAAUGUAUUUAGUACACUAGACAUUUAUUUUGCUUAGUGGACAUAAUGUUUGCCAAAUUGCCAUAUCCUGUCAACGUCUUUGAUAAAUGUUACUUCAUAUUGCAUGUUCACCAAAAGAAGUGGCUUGUAGCACAAGUCCCUGGACUCUUAGCGGGCAAUGUCACAUUAGGCCCAUCACAGCACACCACAGAAAUAAAGGGAAUCUAUUGUGGAAA